UCGGAUCGUCGCGCAGAAUAGACGCACAUUGCACAUCGUCCCGCGUACGGGUGUUACAAACUUCCUCCCAAGAAUAACGAGAACCGUUCUCCCACAAAUGUGAAGCAAGUUCUUUCACUGCGGUGGACGUGUGUGUAAAGUGGAGCGAAGCAACGGCAAACAGCGAACCGUAGCCGAAGUGAAGAGAAAAAAAAGCGCCGCAGCAGAUACCAAGAAUCGACGAAUGGUGUGUGUGGUGGCAAAGGCGAAGAACAACAUGAAAAUUAUAACAACCUCUGGCUCUGGCUCCAACGGAGUCGUGUGAAAUGAACUGAAUAAUAAAGGCUGAAGAGUGUACGAAGAAAUAUUAAUGUCUCAAAUGAAGAGCGAUCGAAGAAAAAAAGAGGCAGUGCAUAUAUUCGACGGGAAAAUGAAAUAACAGUGCGGCGGUAGUUUGGUGAAAUAUUUGAAAAUCGUGCUCAUUUUCAUUGGCCAAGAUUUUUCUGUGUUCCGUCGUUUCGGUUCCGUUUCCGAGUUCUGCCGCUUGAUUUUGUAACGAGAAGAGAAAAAAAAAAUCGAUAACACAACAACCGGAGCACGGUCGGUGGCAGCAGCAGCCCCCGUGUUGAAGCAAAGCAGCAGCAAGAAGAACAAAGUUCAAAAUGUUUAAUUUAUGAUAUUGUGGCAACGUAGUUUAUAGAGCGCAUAACGUGGUAAAAUCGGUUAACCGUAGGCGAAUAGUUGAAGAGCCUCCCGUGGUUGUGUCCCUCUGGACGGUGGGAAGAUGGAAUGCUUCAGGACUUUGGCAGCAGUGCUCGCGCUGCUAAUGUCGUUGUCGGCAGCGUUUGGGUCCCAGUGCAGCUGGGAAUAUGAGAAAUCGAGUGUGACCUGCCGGCUGCGGACGCUCGAGCGCACCGGAUUGGACCUGCAGGGCGCCGAAGGAACCACUCGGCUCGAUAUUCAGUGCAGUGAAUUAAUUCUGUUCGAAAGUCAAUUAUCGCCGAACUCGUUUAUGAGACUGUCGAGCCUAAGUGAACUGAAAAUCGACUCCUGCAAGUUGUUGCAACUUCCCGAGGGGGCAUUCGAAGGGAUGCUGUCCCUGAAGAAAUUAAGUGUAAAUACCAGAAACUAUGAGUGGGGUGCUGGUAAAGUGCUGGAACUGCAGGCCACUUCCUUGAAGGGACUGAAAGAACUGCAAAAUUUGGACUUGAGUGAUAAUAAUAUCCGUGCGCUUCCGGACGGUUUCUUGUGCCCGUUGACUAAUUUAAAAGUGCUGAACUUGACGAACAAUCGAAUUCGGUCGACUGAGAGUUUGGGGCUGUCGGGAAAAACCUGUGGUGGUGGAUCGGAAAUCCAAACGUUGAACCUGAGUUACAAUGAAAUAAUGCGGAUCCCGGAAAACUGGGGUGUAUCCAGAUUGCGACGUCUGCAGCAUCUCAACUUGGAGUACAACAAUAUUAGUGAACUGCACGGGGAGGCUCUGGCCGGUUUGAGCUCGCUGCGGACACUGAAUUUGAGCUACAAUCAUCUGGAAACGCUACCAGCUGGACUUUUGGCAGGAUCCAGAGAGCUCCGAGAAAUCCACCUGCAAGGCAAUCAGCUCUACGAGCUACCCCGUGCUUUGUUCCACCGUUUGGAGCAGCUUCUGGUUCUAGACCUGUCGCGAAACCAACUUUCGUCGCAUCACGUCGACAAUGGAACCUUCUCCGGAUUGAUUCGCCUGGUGGUACUAAAUCUGGCCCACAAUGCGCUCACUCGCAUCGACUCCAAAACAUUCAAAGAACUGUACUUCCUGCAAAUCCUAGACCUCCGCAACAACUCAAUCGGCUACAUCGAGGACAAUGCGUUCCUUCCUCUGUACAACUUGCACACACUCAAUUUGGCCGAAAAUCGAUUGCACACCCUCGACGAUCGGCUCUUCAAUGGAUUGUACGUGCUUUCGAAGCUCACCCUAAACAACAAUCUCAUCAACAUAGUGGAGCGCAAUGUGUUCAAGAACUGUUCCGAUUUGAAAGAGCUGGACCUAAGCUCCAAUCAGCUCACAGAGGUCCCGCACGCCAUUCGCGACUUAUCCGUGCUGCGUGCGCUGGAUUUGGGCGAAAAUCAAAUCAACUACAUUGAGAACGGAACGUUCGCCAACCUCAACCAGCUCACCGGGCUCCGCAUGAUCGAUAAUCAGAUUGAAAACAUUACCAUCGGCAUGUUCACUGAUUUGCCCCGGCUCAGCGUGCUGAAUCUGGCGAAAAAUCGUGUGCAGAACAUUGAGCGUGGCUCGUUUGAUAAAAAUCUGGACAUCGAAGCGAUACGGCUGGACGGCAAUUUUCUGACCGACAUUAAUGGAAUUUUCGCAACGCUUUCAUCGUUGCUGUGGCUGAACUUGGCGGAAAACCACCUGGUUUGGUUCGACUUUGCAUUCAUCCCGAGCAAUCUCAAGUGGUUAGACAUCCACGGCAAUUACAUCGAGUCGCUGGGCAACUACUACAAGCUCCAGGAGGAAAUCAAAGUGAAAACACUGGACGCAAGCCACAACCGACUGACCGAUAUUGGCCCGAUGAACGUUCCGAACAGCGUGGAGCUGCUAUUUGUCAACGAUAACCACAUUAGCACCAUCCAUGCGAACACCUUCAUCGAUAAAAUUAAUUUGGCACGCGUUGAUCUGUACGCUAAUUCGCUGAAAAAGCUGCAGCUGCACCAGCUGCGAGUGGCCCCGCAGCCCAUCGAUAAACCGCUGCCGGAGUUCUAUCUCGGAGGGAACCCGUUUGAGUGUGAUUGCUCGAUGGAGUGGAUGCAGCGGGUAAACAAUUUGACAGCUCGCCAGCACCCGAAAAUCAUGGACCUGCCGAAUGUGGAAUGCAUCAUGCCGCACGCCCGAGGCUCCCCUAUUAGGCCAAUCGUUUCCCUCAAGCCGAAAGACUUCCUGUGUAAAUACGAAACCCACUGUUUCGCCCUGUGCCAUUGCUGUGAUUUCGACGCGUGUGACUGCGAGAUGACCUGUCCGACCAAUUGUACGUGCUAUCAUGAUCAGACUUGGGGAACGAACGUGGUCGAUUGUGGCAACCAGCGAGCUACGCUUUCCAAACCGGUUCCAAUGGACGCUACCGAAGUGUAUAUGGACGGUAAUGACUAUCCGGAGCUGCAAAACCAUGCCUUUAUCGGUCGCAAAAAUCUGAAAGUCCUCUUUGCCAAUGCAAGCAAAAUUAUCACUAUUCAAAAUCGUACAUUCGCCGGACUGACUGCGCUGCAGGUGCUCCACCUGGAAGAUAACGCUAUCCAAAAGAUUCACGGUUAUGAGUUUGAAAAUCUCGGUCUGCUGAAGGAGCUCUAUCUGCAAAAUAACAUGAUUUCUGUGAUCGCCAACAACUCAUUCGCACCGCUGUACUCGCUGCAGGUGCUGCGUAUUGAUGGCAACCGGUUAACAACGAUUCCGAUGGCCCAGCUCCAGGCAUCGCAGCUGCAAAGCUUGCAGGCUCUUUCACUGGGGCGUAAUUACUGGAGCUGCCGUUGUCGGUUCAUGCAAGAACUCACCUCGUUUGUGGCCGACAAUGCCGUCAUUAUCCAAGACAUGCAAGACAUCUAUUGCGUGGACGAUGGAAUGCACCGUGAUCUGGACUUCAACGUGACGGCUAGUUGCAGUGAUUACUAUGCAGGGAGCUCGGUACUGCCGGAUCGAUUAUCGGAGACCUACAUAUUCCUGCUGGCUGCGGCACUAAUUAUCGCUUGCUUGUUGGUGUUUGUGUUGAUUAUGUUUAUUUUUCGCGAGCCGUUGAGGUUCUGGCUGUUCUCGCGGUACGGCGUGCGAGUGUUCGGGCCAAGGUGUGAAGACUCCGAAAAGCUAUACGAUGCCAUAUUUAUCUAUUCGGCAAAGGAUGCUGAUUAUGUUGCGAGGAAUUUUGCGGUCGAACUGGAAAAUGGACGUCCCCCUCUGAGGUUAUGCUUGCAGCAUAGGGAUUUAUCGGAGGAAGCGACACAUUUGCAACUCUUGGAAGCAUCACGUGCGUCACGCCGAAUAGUAAUGCUACUGUCACGAAAUUUCCUGCAAACCGAGUGGAGUCGUUGUGAGCUGCGGAGGGCAGUCCAUGACGCGCUGAGAGGAAGACCCCACAAGCUGGUGGUUCUCGAAGAAGUUGGCGUGAUUCUGGAAGCGGAAAACGACGUCGAACUAGUUCCUUAUCUUAAAACCACCACUGUAAAUAGAAUAAAAAGAAACGAUCGGCACUUUUGGGAGAAGCUGCGGUAUGCUCUGCCGGUGGAUGAGCCUUAUCGGGGCAACAACUACACCAUCGAUCAUCACGAGCGGGUAAAGCAGACUGCCAGCGCCGGUGUUAUGUUCCGGCAAGCACCACCGGCCUACUGUCCGGAAAUCGACGAAGCGAACUACUCGUCGGCGACAACGGCCACUCCUAGUCCAAGGCCGUCUCGCCGGGGAAUGGUGGAGCUUCCCCAGCGGCCACCAAGCGAACAUAUCUACUCCAGCAUCGAUUCCGACUACAGCACGCUGGAGUGCGAGAACAUGGUUCCUGGAGUGCACCGGCCAUCAACGUGGCGGCCCGGAGGUCCCGGCGCGAACGGCAUGGGCAUGCUAUCCGGCCAAAACACCGUCCCCCAUGGCCAUCAUGUGCAGGCCUAUCUCGUCUAGGGGCGGCUCAAAUCGUCUCACACGAUGACGACGAGGGCUCGAAAAAGAAAUAGUCAAGUGAUUAAGUAGUGUGUGAAUGUAAAUAUACGUAGUUGUACCAUACUAGCGCUAUCAAGAAAAAGAAUUUAAAUGCUGCAGCUGUCAGUAAGGAAAUUACUAAGUGCUAAAUUAUGUAAAAAGAAGAAACUCGGAGUAUUAAAAUUGUGCGUUGUUAGGCGAAAUGUGAGGAGCAACAAGACAAGUGAAGACGAGAAGAAAAAUAUUUGUGAUAUCGUAUUUUAUAAGUUUUAAAAAUAAUGAUGCAGAAAAAUGACAACAGAAUACAUAAAGCUGGAGAGAUAUGCCGAAUACUAUGUACCGAAAAAUGCUACAAAAUACUAUUACCAUUACUCACUACGCAGCAACAAAUUCACAAACACUCAUUCAUACAAACGCAGCAAACAACAAAAAAGUAAUAACUAGCCAUAAAAUGUUCCACAACGGAGGAAAAGGUAACGAACCGAAAAUUAUAAUUAUUUAAAGUUAGAAAGGCCGGCCAAUGUUCCGAUGGGAAAUGUUUUCAAAAAACGCCACACAAUCGAAAUCAAAACUAAAAUAUUAUCACACCUUUCUGAUUUGCCCCAUUAAGUUUGUGUUUUUGUUCUGACCGCAACGAACUGCGGUUUAUUCGCGUCCGUGUAGUUUGCGAUCCAUAUUUCAAACGGUUAUUUAAAUUAUUUAUUGCUAUUUAAUUGACGGAUACUCAUUUUUCGUUUAGCGAACAAAAAAUGCAGUGUAAGGCAAGCAUAGAAUGUUGGUUCUAGCGAUUAGGGCUUUUGCUGAAGAUAGUUAGAGCGUGGCAGCAAACUGAGCAAGGAAAGUGACUGACAUGAGCGAAUAUUAGUGCUAAUAUUGAAUGAGCAAACAAAGGCGCCGUUGUAGAAUAGUGAAAAGGAAAGAAUUUAUUUUUUUCUCUGUGUAAAUAUUGAAGCCUGCCAGUCCGGGUGAUGGCAAACACACAACUAUGUAAAAAGUAUUAUCGUUAAGGCAAAGUUGGGCGGGAAGAAGUUGGAAAAGCUAAACCUAUCAUAAAGAAAUACAACUGAAGCAGAUUAUUAGUAGGAAAGUCAUAAAACAGAGCAUAUUGUGUGACCAGACUGAAUAAUUAAAAUGUUACACUUUACCUGUGUAUAGGAAGAUCAGAUUAUAAAAUGACAAAACAAAACCACAACACAUGAAAUUAAAAAAGCUUCUUUUCUGUGAGUCAAAAGCAAGAGCUAUACAAAAAACCAAUAUAGAAAAUCGAGAAAAAAAUGAAUAAAACGAAAAAAUUAAUUAAUCAAUAUAAAA